AUGCUCAAGAUCGGCCUGAUCAACAGACCCAGCCUGAUCUCCGACCCCUCCAACCACGCCCCCUUGGCCGACUACCCCCACCACCAAGCCAACCAUCAGACCAUCAACUCCGUCCUCGGCCAGGUCGAGAGAGUCAUUGAAGUCAUCCGCAGACGACAAAGCCUGAAAGCUAUUGAAACCCCCCAACGGGUUCAUUUCAUCAUCCAAUACGCCAAUUGGCUAGACACCUUAACCGAGAACGUCGACUUCUUCUAG